GCUCUGCUGCGGAAGAUGCCCCGCCUGCACACCAUCAUCCCUAAACAAUGCGCAGUGGAACCCAGGGCAGACAUGGCGUCAAAUUCUGCUGCCACACUGUUGGGAUCACCCGCGGACUCUGCUCGCUGCGCGCUGUCCCGAGCUACCAGGCCUCGCGCAUCCUCGACAUCUUCCAUACAGAGGCCUUCUUCCGCCGUAUUCACAUUGAUACACUCGAGCUCCAAAGACCGUAUUAAGAUGCAAUAGGGUGCAACAGGAUGAUCCAACAGCGACACGUAGCAGAGAGGCAGUACGAGCCCCUUCGCGGAUGGCGCGUCAAGACCGUCUACCCAAGCGAUCUGCUUUGGACGGGAUACGUACCAGUGCGGGAGCUAAGAGUCCUUUUCAUGGGUAUACUUAACGCCGGUGUUACAGACACACUACUGCAUCUUAACCACCGGGGCGUUUCGUUCCUACGU